AUGAAUUUCCGAAGCAAAAUCUCUGCUCUCAAAGAAGACAUCAUAGUCGAGCACCUACUUCGCAGCCAUGAUCCAGACGGUCGCUGGCUUGAUUCCGAAACGCUGCUUCAAGAAGUCGAAACCAUCUUGAGCUUUGUUCUGCAAAACAAUGUGAGCUCGCCACUACAUUUUCAGGUUCCUAAGCCGCUUCUGGCAGAGAAUUUCAUGAGCAACAUUGAAGUUUUUGAAUCCAAGGAAACACUACCUUACGCUAUCUCCAGAAUCUCCGUUCAGAUGCUUUGUCCAUGCAAGGGGGAAACUGAGAUCCAAACAAGAACAAUGGUUUUGUUCGAUCAUCUGAAAGAAUACAGAUGGGAUGCAAAAGCUGUGAUAAUACUAGGAGCUCUUGCUGCAACAUACGGAGGACUAUUGCUACCGAUUCAUCUAGCCUUAAGCGAUCCAGUCGCAUCAUCAAUUGCAACACUUAACCAGUUACCUACCGAGAGAACCAAGUUCAGACCGUGGCUAAACUCUCUAAGCUUGCUCGUAAAAGCUAUGGUGGACGUAACUAAAUGCAUCAUCGAAUUCGAAAGGCUCCCAUUUAAACAAGCGAAGCUACAAGACAACAACACUGUGGGAGAAACCAUGUCUAACAUCUAUCUAGCUACUUACCGAGUUAUCAAAAGUUCACUUGCGUGCAUGCAGCAGAUUCCUUACUUCAAGCAAAUCCAGCAGGAAUUCUCUGAAAUACUCAGGCAACGGAAACAAGAAGAGCAGCAGGAGAACUUUCGAGCUUGGGAUAUCAAGGAAGAAAUCUAUCAAAGGCUUAGAAACAUGAACACAGAGGCUCAUCAAGACAACCAAGAAGCACUCCAACUACUUUUUUCUCUACAUGAUGAUUUGCUACUUCAACAAUACUCAAGACAGAUGGAUAUAACUGAGCUGAAAGAUAAAGUAAUACUACUGCUACUAUCAAAGCCAGAACUCUUACCCAUAGAGCCAUUUCACUUCCUGCUUCAACAGCUAUACGAUCAUCCAUCCAGCAACACAGAGCAAGACUACGAAAUCUUAUGGAUUCCAAUACCAACGUCCCGAAAAUGGACACACUACGAGCAGGAAACGUUCACUUUCUUCUCCAAUUCCUUACCAUGGAUCUCAGUAAGGCGGCCAUGGUUGAUGAGCUCAACAGUGCUGGACUUUUUAAGAGAAGAAUGGCCGUAUAGAGAUGGCGAGACAAUGGUGGUGGUGAUGGAUCCUAACGGGAAGGUUGUGAACAUGAACGCCAUGGACAUGGUGUUGAUCUGGGGUGUGAGAGCAUAUCCGUUUUCAGUUUCCAGAGAAGAUGAGCUUUGGGAGGAAGAAGAUGGAUGGUCCUUGAAGCUCUUGCUUGACGGAAUUCAUCCUGCAUUUGAUACAUGGGUGAAAGAAGGGAGAGAGAUCUGCAUAAUCGCAAGCGAAGAUUCGGAUUGGGUGGAAGAGAUCAAGUCUCUAGCACGGAAGCUUCAAAAUCAAGGGUUCUUCGAGUUCGAGCUGAUUUACCUCAGUAAACGAACGAUAACCUCUGCAUCAUCAGCCGCCAUGGAAGAGAGCUCGAUCUUGUUCAGUCCAGCUAUACAACAGCUCUUCUGGCUCCGAUUGGAAAGCAUCGAACGAUCUAAGCUCAAGCGAAUUGAAUCGUCGAAACCCGAUCGGAUGCUUGAACAAGUCACCGAGCUACUUGACUUCGACUACAGUAAACAGAAAGGAUGGGCCGUAAUCGGAAAGGGAUCAACGGCGGAGAAAAUCGUCGGAGAGAAGCUGACGGAGGCGAUGAGGCGAGUUUUACGGUGGGGAGAGUACGCGUCGGGGAUGAGUUUCACGGAGGCGAUUCAAAUCGCGGAGGAGAAGCCGUGUGAAUUGAGUCACACGGUGGUUGUUCCGUUUGAGGAAGGUUCGUCGACGGUGAGAGUUGUCACGUGCGAGAAAUGCAAAAGGCCCAUGAAGAAGUUUAUCGCCUAUCAGUAA